AAAUGGAAAAAGGUAAUCAAAGCACCAAAAUAAAGAAUGAGGAAAUUACUCACAAUUCUGAAAAGGAGAAACCUCUUUCUGAUAGCAAAGAAGAGGAAAAAAAGAGCAUAAAAAAUAAUGAAUUACUUCCUCAAAAUAAAAGUCACCAAGGUGAAGAAAAGAAAGGGAAUAUUGAUAAUAAAAAGAAUAAAGAAUCUCUUAAGCAAAUAGAUCAUUCAGACCAGAUGCUUCACCAGAAUAUGCUUGAUAGAAAUAAUACACAAGAGAAAGAUAAAGCAUCUUUAGGGAAAAACGAGGAUGAUGAUCCUGUCGCAAGAACAGUUACAGUAGUUGAACAAGAGAAUGCAAUUAAGUCCCAAAUUUUAAAGAAGAAGGAGGCAGUCCCUUCAUCUUCAGGUUCAAAUAGAGAAUCAGAAGAGAAAAUAAAAUUAAAGGACAGAGCUCCGAGUCGACAAGAUGUUUCUGAACAGUCUAAAAGACUCACUCCUAAUAGUUCUCUAAAAGAAUCUACUAAAGAAGAAGGAAUUCAUGAUUUUAUAUUUCAGCCAAAUUCUCCUGAAGACCAAAGCUCAAAUCUCAAAAAUAGCGUCAAAUUUAAGGAAGAUCAGGAAGAAUAUGGAGAAGAUGAGGGAAGUAUUCUUCCUGCUGGACAACAAAACAGUGCAAACAACUCUGUGAAAAAUAACCAAGGAGACUCUAAAGAAAAUUUAAAGAAAAAUUCAAACUCAAAAAUAACUCCAAUUCUGAAAAAUAGUAAUAAGGAAAAAUAAUUCUGAUAUUCAAAAGGAGAUUUCGGUCAGGAUGUCUAUGAAUAAAAAUGAAGAUCCUGAUAAAGAUAAACUUUGAGAGAAAGAGCCAAGCAACUCAGAUGCAUCAGCAAAUAAAAAGAUUGAUAAAAAUGAGAAAAGAAGCAUCAUUCCUAAUAUGGUUGUUGAAGAAGAUCAGAUUAAUUUGUCUGACCUUGGAAAUGGCCCAGAAAAGCCAACCAUAAAAACAAUUGUCAAAAAGAUGGUCUCUAAGAAAUAAACUUGCUUUAGAAACUCCUGAAGGGAAAAAGUUAAAGGUGUAUCUAAAAUCUCCAGAUUCAAUAAAUAGCAAAUCUACAACUAAAAAGACACCAUUAUCUUCUAAAAAUAUGAAAUCACCGAAAAGCCCUAAUGAUCCUCAAACUCAGUCUCCUUCAGAUGAUAUAUCUUGCAAUGGUGAGAACUCUUCUGGACAGGAAUACAAGCCGCUUAGUGACUUGAUUGUUUACCAAGAUUUAGCAAAACACAAAAAUUUUACAUUAAAGAAAUAUGAAGACGCGAUCUAUCGAGGGAUGGUUGACCCCAAAACUCAGCUCCGGCAAGGUAUUGGCAUUAUGGAGUACAGCACAGGAAGGGUCUACGAAGGAGCUUGGAGGAAUGACUUACGUGAAGGCCCAGGCUACGAGAAAUAUGCCAACAAUAACAUAUACAAAGGUCAUUUCCAUAAAGGCAAAGCUCAUGGCCAAGGCUAUUACAAGUGGGCUAAUGGAGAAUACUACGACGGCGAAUGGAAUCAAGGCCAGAAGCAUGGUUAUGGAGAAUGGAAGUCUCAUGAUGGCGAUAGCUACCAAGGAGAGUGGAAAGAGGGUAAAGCUGACGGCCAAGGAGUCUAUGCUUGGAAAAAUGGAGAUAAGUACGAUGGAGAUUGGCUCACCUGACUGAAACAUGGCAAAGGAACAGAUUACUUCGCAAAUGGAGACUCUUACACAGGCCAGUACAAGUAUGGAAAGCCAUGGGGAACUGGAGUUUAUAUUUGGAAGAAUGGUAGUACUUAUAAAGGGCAGUUUAAAAAUGGACUCAAACAUGGGAGAGGUAAAUGGACGAAAGGGGAAGGAGAGGAUAUGUGCAUUUUUGAAGGAAAUUAUAUCAAAGGCAAGAAAGAAGGAUAUGGAGAGUUUAAAUGGGCAAGCGGGAAUUUUUACAGAGGUGAAUACAAAGAGGAUGAAAGACAUGGAUAUGGAGAAAUGUAUUGGGUUGAUGAUAGUUUUUAUAAAGGAGCAUGGGAAGGAGGCAUUCAGCAUGGUCAAGGAUUAAUGCAACUAGCUGAUGGCACUAUUAAAUAAAGGAAUGUUUGAAAAUAAUGUUUUUGCUGAAGAAAUAAUAGAAGCAGAAGAAUCUGAUGACUCUUUAUGAACUGAAGAUCAUUCUGGACAUCCCAAUAGGAAUAAAUCAAAAAUUUUAAAGAAAAAGAAAGGUAAGAAGAGAAAGAAAGUUAAGAAGCUUCUUCUUCCAAACAUUGAUACUAGGAAUACUUUUGCUGAUCAAUCUGGUCGUCAAUAUACUUCAGCAAAGAAACCAUUAAUGAGAAAUCUAUCUGAGAUUGAUUUACAAACAAAAAGAUUUAGAAAGACAUCAAACCAGAAAGAGAAGAAUUCAUUAUCUUUACCUAGAAUAAAUUCUGGUCAAAAUGAUAGCGCUUUGUCUUCACGAUUAAAAGGAUUCACUACUAUUGCAAAACAUCAGGCUAAAGAGAGAAGAAAGCUAGAGACGUACUUUAAAUCCUUAGACAAAGCUGUACAAAUUUUGCGAGAUAAAAGGCAAAAUGAGUUAGCAAGUAAGCCAUGGAUACCUGCUGGUCCCGUCCACCAGUACCAGUAUAGGCCUUCUUCGAAGUAUGGAUAG